UAUAUAUGUAAGGGGCAAAGCAAUAUGCCUCGAUGAAUUCUCAUCUGUCAAAGGUAAGGAGGAUAACAGAGAUUUACAUUUUAAAGCCCACAGUAUUCCUCACAUUAGUGCUACUGAAAAAAAAAUUCCAGAAAAUAAAUGUCAAAGGAAGAUUAUGGUUUGUGGUCAAAAGGGAGGGGGUGGACAUUAUUUGUGUUCACUUCAGAUCAUGUUUUUGGGUCUAUUUCCUGUUCUUAUGACAUGUUUACACUUGGGAGUUUACAGUUUUUGGUCCUUUCAAAAAUCAACUGUAAACCUUCAUUCCAGAAUCAAAGAAACAAUGGCAG